GCUCAAGUCAUCUCAAAUUCCGGCCACGAUGACAUGAUCGUAUGCUCCCCUUAUGCGCCCUGGCUCAAGCUUGCUUUUAUUGACCUUCUACCAGNNCACGAUGCUGUUCUCGACUACUAUGGACGUCGCUUGGCCACCUGCUCAUCCGACAAGACCAUCAAGAUCUUUGAGGUUGAGGGAGACUCACACCGCUUGGUAGACACACUCAAGNGGUACGGCACCAUCCUCGCUUCUUCAUCCUACGACGGCAAGAUCUUUGUCUGGCGCGAACAAAACAACCAAUGGCAGCGCAUCUACGACUUUACUCUCCACACCGCCAGCGUCAAUCUGAUUGCCUGGUCACCGCCAGAGCCCGGCUGCCACCUGGCUUGUGCCUCGUCCGACGGCUCCGUCUCGGUCAUCACCUUCAGCGACAACUCCUUCUCGCACUCCAUCUUCCCAGCACACGCUAUGGGCGUCAACGCCGUCUCGUGGAGUCCAUCACUUCUUCCCGCACAGCUCGCUGCUGCCCAGACGCCUCAAUCGCAAGCACAACCUCUGCGCCGCUUCGUCACGGGCGGUAGCGAUAACUUGGUCAAGCUUUGGGACUUCAACCCUCAGACACAAUCAUACAACAACAUGUGCACCCUUGCCGGUCACUCUGACUGGGUGCGCGAUGUUGCAUGGUCACCANGCCCCCUCUCAAAGUCAUACAUCGCCUCGGCCUCGCAAGACAGAACUGUGCGCAUUUGGACAUGUCAGGCUAACGCUGACCCGGCCAACUCGUCAAGCUGGCAGAGCACAGAGCUCAAGUUCGAUGCUGUCGUCUGGCGCGUCAGCUGGAGUCUCAGUGGCAAUGUCCUGGCUGUUAGUGGUGGUGACAACAGAGUCAGCCUGUGGAAGGAAAGCCUCAAGGGUGGAUGGGAUUGCGUCAAGACCAUUGAGGAGUAG